UAGUUUCCGUUUCACACUGUCAGGUGCAGGGACAAAAACUGGCCUAAGACUUGCAGGAGAAGGCAUGCAGGGAUGCAGCGAGGAAGAAAGCCGGACGACCUCCAUCCAGGCUGACAAGAGGGGAGGUGAGGACGAGGUUGGCGGGUUUAAAAAGUACCCAGAAGCAGAAGUGGAGGAAGGACAAGAAGGAGGAGGACAGAUUCAUUGUGAGGCAAACAUUGGAGAAACAGAGCAGGUUCAUGACAGCAAGAGCUCAAGAGACAACACUGUAGAAGGUGAUGACAAGCAGAUGGAUGCCCCCCCACCGACAGAGGCAGAGCUCACACUCGGUGGCCCGUCAGAACCGUGCUGGUACUGUCUCAGAUCUCUCGACCUGGAAUGUUAUCCCAGAGCUCCUCAGCAAGAUUCGGAUUCCUCGUCUCUGCUGCUCUCUGGUGGCCAGAAGGUAAACUACCAGACAGACCCUCGACCUCACUUCGGUGUGGCAUGUUCCUCCCACGCACCCUGUCGCCCUCUAUGGGGCAGCGAAGGGCCCAUCUGGGGGCAAAGGGGGACAUCCGAUGGAGACGAUGAAAAGAAGGAGCGGGAGCAACAGACGCAGCAAGUGUGUCCCCACUGUCACUUGGCACUCCCCGCGGAUACCCUCAGUUGGCAUGAGAUAAAGUGUAUCCAGUUUGACGGGCUGCGCAACCCUUGGUCGUAGAAACUGCAACAAUGCAUCAUCAGUCGCCCCAUUAUUAAUAAAAAC